AUGUCGAAACUUCUGAUCGCAGUGAAAGCAGGAAAUUUUCAUAAUGUGAAAAGGUUAGUUGAACAUGGUGCUGAAGUAAAUUGUGAAAAGCGUAACGUUGGUAGUCCUCUUCACUCUGCAGUAUCAUCUGGUUCCCUGGAAAUUGUCAAAUAUUUAGUUGAACAUGGUGCUGAUGUAAAUUUUGAAUUCGUUAAUAUUGGUAGUCCUCUUCACUCUGCAGUAUCAUCUGGUUCACUGGAAAUUGUCAAAUAUUUAGUUGAACAUGGUGCUGAUGUAAAUUGUGAUAGUCGUUACGUUGGUUUUCCUCUUCACUCUGCAGUAUCAUCUGGUUCCCUGGAAAUUGUCAAAUUUUUAGUUGAACAUGGUGCUGAUGUAAAUUUUGAAUUAUUUAAUACUGGUAGUCCUCUUCAGUCUGCAGUAUCAUCUGGUUCACUGGAAAUUGUCAAAUAUUUAGUUGAACAUGGUGCUGAUGUAAAUUGUGAAAAGCGUUACGUUGGUAGUCCUCUUCACUCUGCAGUGUCAUCUGGUUCCCUGGAAAUUGUCAAAUAUUUAGUUGAACAUGGUGCUGAUGUAAAUUUUGAAUUCUUUAUUCUUCACUCUGCAAUUUCAUCUGGUUCACUGGAAAUUGUCAAAUAUUUAGUUGAACAUGGUGCUGAUGUAAAUUGUAAAAAUUAUUCGGUUGGUAGUCCUCUUCACUCUGCAGCAUCAUCUGGUUCACUGGAAAUUGUAAAAUAUUUAGUUGAACAUGGUGCUGAAGUAAAUUGUGAAAAGCGUAACGUUGAUAGUCCUCUUCACUCUGCAGUAUCAUCUGGUUCACUGAAAAUUGUCAAAUAUUUAGUUGAACAUGGUGCUAACGUAAAUUUUAAAAAUGAUUUGGUUAGUAAUCCUAUUCACACUGCAGUGUCAUCUGAUUCACUGGAAAUUGUCAAAUAUUUAGUUGAACAUGGUGCUGAAGUAAAUAGUGAAAAGAGUAACGUUGGUAGUCCCCUUCACUCUGCUGUAUCAUCUGGUUCACUGGAAAUUGUCAGAUAUUUAGUUCAACAUGGCGCUGAUGUAAAUUUAAAUUCUUUAACAUUGGUAAUCCUCUUCACUCUGCAGUAUCAUCUGGUUCACUGGAAAUUGUCAAAUAUUUAGUUGAACAUGGUGCUGAUGUAAAUUGUAAAACUUGUUGGGUUGGUAGUCCUCUUCACUCUGCAGUAUCAUCUGGUUCACUGGAAAUUGUCAAAUAUUUAGUUGAACAUGGUUCUGAAGUAAAUUUUGAAAAGGGGUUAGUUGGUUGUCCUCUUCACUCUGCAGUAUCAUCUGGUUCACUGAAAAUUGUCAAAUAUUUAGUUGAACAUGGUGCUGAUGUAAAUUGUUACAUUUGUUCGGUUGGUAGUCCUCUUCACUCUGCAGUAUCAUCUGGUUCACUGGAAAUUAUUAAAUAUUUAGUUGAACAUGGUGCUGAAGUAAAUUUUGAACAGCGUAAUGUUGGUAGUCCUCUUCACUCUGCAGCAACGUCGGAUUCACUGGAAAUUGUCAAAUAUUUAGUUGAACAUGGUGCUGAUGUAAACUGUAUAAACCGGUUCAAUAAACCUGUGAUUCACAAUGCUGCUAAGUUUGGUUCAUUGGAAAUGUUUAAAUACUUAGUUGAAUAUGGUGCUGAACUAACAAAUGAAGAAAAUCUUGACAUGCCUACAACUCUAUUUGAGGCUUGUGAAGGUGGAAAUGCGUCAGUUGUUGACUACCUUCUCCAACAUGGAGCGAUGAAAGGCGUAAAUAACUGCAAAUUGAAUUUUCCCUUGCGUAUAGCGUGUGGGAAAGGACAUACUGCCGUAGUUCAAACAUUACUGAAAUAUAACGUUGAUAUACGAAAAGAGAAGGAGCCAUUAAUAUGUGGCAAUAUUGAGAUCAUAAAUAUUUUGAAUUUGGAAUUAAAGAAGUCUGUUAAACAUCGCGAAAAAAUUAAGAUUUUGAAAGGAAUGGACAACGUGAAAUUGACAAAGGUAAUAUUAUACUUUUAUUGCAUGCAAAGCAAAAAGAAACGGGAUCUAAAAAUCGUCUAUUUAUUGGUUAUUAUUUUUUCUUAAAAAUUAAAGAGUCAGAUAAUGUGGAGUUUGUCUGCUCGGUAACCAGCUUUGCCCGGCCGUUUAAUCGGGUUCCCAAUUUAUUUUCUUAUUGUGUUUUGUUUCAAGAUUUCAAUCACAUUGAAACCGGGGUGUUAGUUCAAAAUUGCCUAUUUUCGCCAUAUAAUUGAUUUUGGCCCAAACUUUGACGGGCAAAAUGGCGGAUUAUGCAUUACAUACUGGAUCAUUAGGAGUGAAGCAUUUUAUUUUUAUUUGACUGGGCGUAGUCAUAGCUAUGUCAUUUGCCAAAAUUACUGUGAUUAUCGACUCAAUCUGUAGCUUUAAAUAUGGGAGAUUCACAUCGUGUUGCUACCUGUAAGCUGUCCUAGUUCUUAGGUCAACUUCAUGGUCUAUUGGCGUAUAAUAAAAUAUGGCAUUAGGCCUACUUGAAAAUUUUGCCAAAACGUAGUCCUAAAUCUGCUUACAUCUUCAGUCCAACUCGUCAUUAAAUUUGGCGCAAUCGCUUGGUAAAAUGCACAUUCUAUGCGUAUUUUCAGUGGGUGGAAUGUUGAUAUUUUAACCGAGAAAUUCCUGCUUAUGAUCCAAAAGAACUGCAAGAAGAGUGAUGUUUUAAAAUUGUCGUCCAUGUUUGUUUUCGGCAAGAAGCUUUAUUCCUAGGGUUUUUUCAAUUUAUAUAUUCACAAAAAUUGAAUAAAAGCAACGAAAUCCUAUUUCUUUAAUUAAAGCAUGCUUAGGUAUCAAUAAGUUUUCAUUCGUAAAGCCGAUGAAUUAUAUUGCAGGUGCAUGUCUUGAACGUUUGGCCUGGCGAUUCAAUAAUAUUAAUUGUUUAUCUAAAAUUUAUCACCAAUAGAACAAAGGAUGCAUAUUUGCCUUACUUCAUCAUAUGAUUGGCAUCUAAUAAUUUACACCAAACAAAUGCUUUUCGUCUUUAAUAAUGUGCAGACGUUUUUCGCAGUGUUUGUCGCCAUGGACAUCUGUGGCUUUAAUUCAGAAUAUUUCAUGUUAAAAACUGUUAAGGAAAAUAAAUGCGAGGUUUGAUGCAUGCAGGUAUUUCUAGCAUCAUAGUAUGUAUUAGGGAAUAUUACUUCUUUCCAGGAACAGCUGAGUAAGUUUCUUGACCUGGUUAAAUAAUUCUGUAUCUUUUCAUGCUUUACGGAGAUAAUUUUGAAUUCAAAACUUAUCGAUGUAGAACUAUUUUAUUCGUCAGUCAUAGUGAUAAAAAAUGCUUUUUUCUACCAUAGGUUGGACAGCCGGUGAAGUAUUUUUCACCUCAGAAGUCUUUGAUACUUGGGAAAGGUUCAAUGGGAAUUGUUUAUGUUGGUAUCAUGGAAGAUGGUGCUGAAGUAGCUGUGAAGAGGAUCUUGAAACACGAGUUUGAAGACACAGCUAAAAAUGAGAUAGAAAUUCUAAGUCGAAUUGAUGCAAUCAAGUCACCAUUUAUAGUAAGCUAUCAAAAAUGUUUAGAAGACGCCACUUUUGUGUAUAUAGUUUUAGAUCUCUGCGAAGAAACAUUGAAGGAACACGUUUGUUCUCAAAGUUUGGAAUAUCUGCAAGAUCAUGGUCCAAGAAUGAUUAAAGAAACCUUAAGCGGAAUUGAAUUUCUUCACGGUGAAAACAUUUUGCACAGAGAUCUCAAACCAUCAAAUGUCUUGGUUGAUCACGAAGGUCACAUGAGAUUGGCAGACUUUGGAAUAAGUCGUGUUUUGAAUGAAGAAGAAACCACAGUUCGUACAGGUGCGAAGGGAACCCGAGACUGGAUGCCCACCGAAGUAAUUGAAGUAGUAGAUAAAGAAGAGAAAGGACGUUUUAAAAAGAAAUCUGAUGUUCAAGUCGCAGGUAUGAUCGCUUUCUUCAUAUCGACCAAAGGUGAACAUCCUUUUGGUUCUGUGCUUGAACGAAUGAUAAACAUUUCGAAAGGAAAUCCUGUUAACUUGGACAAGCUUCACGAUCUUCAAGUUCGGAAAUUUAUUUCAUGGUUGAUCUGUCAUAACAUUGAUGAUAGACCUUAUGCUCACGAAGCGUUGGCGAAUCCCUUUAUGGUCCAUGUAACAGAUUCUCUCAGGAGAAUUAUAUUACAAAAACCCCGUAUAUAGGAAAGUGCGUUUCC